CCUCUCGGACCCAACAAUUUCUAUGAAAAGAAUGGCAAACCUUACUGUGAGAAUGACUUCCAUAAGCUAUUCUCACCAAAGUGUGCCGGAUGUAAGACACCCAUCACUGAUGGCAUUCAAGUGAACGCGAUGGGUAAGCCGUGGCACCCGCAGUGCUUCAAAUGUACCGAAUGUGCCAAACCUUUGGGACCAAACAAUUUCUUUGAACGAAAUGGCAAACCGUAUUGCGAGGACGACUAUCACAAACUUUUCUCACCCAAAUGUGCCGGUUGUCGACUCCCUAUUAAAGACGGAAACAUACUCCGAGCGCAGGGCAAGGAUUGGCACCCGAACUGCUUUAAAUGCACUCAAUGUGCGAUUCCUCUCAAACCGGACAACUUUUACGAGAAGAACGGCAAACCCUAUUGCGAAGAC